CCAUUAGAGACAAUUGCCAAAUGGCCACCGGAAGAUAUUUCCGUGAAGUAGAAUUACCAGAGCAAAGAUCUUAUGACGACGGUCUUCUCUUCCCGGCGGUGCUGUCCCCAACCGCUAACGCUAAUAUCAUAGAGGCUAUCAGGUCGGAUAAGCAAUGGUUGGAGUCUCUUCUCCACAAAAGCGGUGUUAUUCUCUUUCGAGGCUUCCCUGUUACAUCUCCUUCUGACUUCAACGACGUCGUUGAAGCUUUUGGCUUCCCUGAACUGGUCUACGUGGGAGGCCGGGCCGUUAGAACCAAAGUGGUUGGCCGGGUUUACACUGCCAAUGAAAGUCCCGUCGAUAAGCGAAUUCCUUUCCAUCAUGAGAUGGCUUACCUUCCGGACUACCCGUCCAAGCUAUUUUUCUUUUGUGCGGAAGAACCAGGAAUGGGGGGAGAAACUCCAGUAGUUUUGAGUCAUAUCGUAUAUGAGAAGAUGAAAGAGAAACACCCAGAGGUGGUUGUACGGAUGGAGGAGCAUGGAUUGACAUAUAAAAAGGUAAUAAGUGAUGAAGACCGUCCAUCGUCCUUCGCAGGCAGAAGUUGGAAGUCUACAUACAUGACUGAUGACAAGAAUGUUGCAGAGGAAAGGGCAGGGAAGCUAGGAACAAAGUUGGAAUGGAUGGGGAAUGUGGUGAAAAUGAUAACAGGUCCAUUGCCAGCCUUUAGGCUGGACAAGGAAAGUGAACAUAAAACCUGGUUUAAUAAUCUUGUGAUGAGUAACCCUGGUCCAAUUAAGGAUGAUCAUGAUACAUAUGUUGAGCUUGGAAAUGGCGAUCUAGUGCCUGAUCAUGUUGUCAAAGACUGCUUAAAAAUCAUGGAAGAUGAUUGUGUUGCAAUACCUUGGAAGAAAGGUGAUGUUAUGCUUGUUAAUAAUUUGACGGUCCUUCAUGGCCGACAGCCGCUACUAAAGCCACCUCGCUUGAUACUCGCGUCCCUUUGCAAGUGACGGAAUUCUUCCUCAACCAAAUUGAUCAUGUAACCCUGCCGUGUGUUGGCUUUAUUUUGUAAUGUAUGUGUGUGUGUUUAUAUUGAUCUUUCUUUGAUGGAUUAUUGUGUUGGAACCAUAAGAUAACGGAUUGAUACAAAAUAUUCAUCUAUUUGAAAUAA